AUGGCGGCGCCAGCGAAGUCCGGGAGCCAUAGGGUUCGCCGCCACCUCCUGCCCGGCGACCAAAUCAUCGCCGCGCUGGCCCCCUUCCUCCGCUUCGCCGAUCACCUCGUCCACCGCAUCGUCUGCCGAGCCUGGCGCCGCUCCUGCCGCAUCAUCGGCCGGGCGCCGCCGCCCUUCCCGUGGCUCAUGCUCCCGCCGCCGCCGCCCGCCGAUCGUGGACCUGCCCCGACCCCCGGUACCCCGCAGCGCCGAGUCUUCUACGACAUCCCCGGCGGGAGAUCCUACGCGUACCCGAUCCCCGCGUCCUACCGCCACGUCACGAGCCGCAGCGGUUGGCUCGUCCUGGCCGCCUCGGACUCGCCGCGCCGGUUCCUGGUGCUGAACCCCAUCACCGCUGGCCAGGUGGUCGUGUCGUGGCCGUUCGGGGAGGACCCCACCGAGGGCUUCCACGCCGUCCUGACGGCACCGCUCGGCGACCCCGGGUGCUUCCUCACGGUCGCCACGGAUAGGCUCAUCAAGUACUGCCGCCCCGCCGUCGGCGGGGACUGGGCCACGCUGCGCGCCCCGGGGUUCCGCUACGACACGGCCUGCAGCGACCUCGUGUCCGUCGGCGCCACGGUGUACCUCAUGGACGAGCGGAGGAAGCUCUGGCGGUCGGACCUCGCCGCCGCGCAGCCCAAGGUGGAGUGCAGGGACACGGCGUUCGCGCUCCCGCAAGGGGAGAGGUGGCGCCACUACCUUGUGGAGUCGCUCGGCCACGUCCUCCUCGUGGUCUCGGACGAGCACCACAAGCGCCUCGGGCUCUACAGGCUCAGGUGGGAGGCGAGGCUGUGGGUGCCGACGCCCGCGAGCGGUCUCGGCGACAGCGUGCUGCUGCUGGGCCGCGGUUGUUCGGCGGCCGUGCCAGCGUCGGUCGCAUCGGGCCGCUCGCCGGGCACAGUUCUGGUGGUGCGCCAGCCGUGGAGGUGCAGCUUCCUGCACGUGGACAUUGGGUUAAGCUUUCGCGGCGGCGGUGGCGAGCAACCUUGGUUCUGGACGGAGUCGCGGUUGGGCGCGGGGCUCGGUGAUGAUCAGCUGGUGAUGAGGAAGACGGUGCCGCAGUGGCCGGGCGAGUUCACAAUCGGUGAUUCAUUCUGGUUCUUCCCCGGCAUUGAUGAAAGUGAUUGCCCAUAG